AUGUCAGUAGCAGGUAUAAAACUGAAUCCCGCUAUCGCUAAGCCUACCAGUAAUGGACAAAUUCAUUGCAUAGUAUGUAACACGCAGGUGAAGCCAAAAAUUUGGACCGCACAUCUAAAUGGAAAAAAACACAAAGACUCUUGUGAACGGUUGAAGCAGCAGUUAGUUUCCAGCGUGAAGCGUACGAACAACAGUGCCUCUUUAGGAUCCGAAGCACCACCAGCAAAGAAGACGAAAGAGCCUAGAUUGAGGUUACCUUUGUUUUUUUUAUUUCACGGCGUGCCGCAAGGGUUCUUUGAUGACAAGCGAAGAGAUGGAAUGGUUCGAGAAACCAUCGAGAACGAAGCUCACAUGAAUGAAGAAUACGAUCGUCUUAUGCGAGAACUAAAUGAAAAACAUAUAGAAGAGGAAGCAAAGGUAUUUGCUGCUGUUCAAGUUAACGCCGAUGAACAAAUGGAGAAGUGGAUGUUGUUAAACGCUAUGGAAAAGUUGAAAGAGUCAAAAUUGCAAGAGGUAAGCUUCUCUUUGUUACGAUAUGCUAGGUUAACGUCUCUUAUGGCCAUAUUAAAAGGAUGA